CAAGCGGUUAGCUAGCGAGUAGUAGUGCUUGCUCGUUUUCGUGGCCUCAACUUGAUUCAUUCGCUUUGCUCGUAGUAUCAAGCCGAACUGGCGAGGUGAAUUAGCUUUUGUAACUUACAAUCGAAGUGAGCGCGUUCGCGGUUGUAAUCAGAGUGGCCUGGCCAUUGUCGUCGUCAUCAUCAAUUUGGUUAUCGCAUUCAUUGUGUGACUUGGAUUUUUUUAACGCGCAUCCGCUCCUCAGCGCUACUUUCAGGUGCAAAAGAGGCAUUUUCUUUUUAAUAAUUUGUAAAGUGUGUUGUGACCUCACGCACUUUCCUCCCCAACCUGCAAAGCUGCAAAUGCUGAUGAGCAAUCGAGCUACUAGAUAGGUGACAAAAGUUGACAGAAGAGAAACGGCGACAUUGAUUUCCAUUAAGACGCAUUGGUUUGGCAAUGUGCUCAGAAUCUCGGAAGAGGAAGUGUAAAUAAAGAUAUAAAUCGUUAAAUUGUUGUUUUUUGAUUGUGGAAAAUAUGGAAAUUUAAUUAAUGUGCAAAAAACCAAUGGAAAAGUUAAGCCAAAAACGUAAAUGAAAAGUUCGUAGCAGAUAUAAAGCGCGAAGGUAUGUGCGUGUGUGUGUGGAAGGAGAAUUGAAUGUGGAAAAGUAGGUGGUGGAGCCAGUAGCACACGUCUAUUAUAGCAGCAAAAGAGGGAGAGAGAGCGACACGAAGAAGAAGAAGAAGCAGAAGCAACGUGCUCCUGCUCUGACAAAUGUGGUGGGCUUUUUAAUAUCUCUCUCGCUAAUUGUUGACUACAAGUGUGGUGAAUUAAUUGGUCGUCCAAAACAAAACAAAAACAAAACAACAACAAAAGUCCAACAAAAGUUCAACAACAAAACAAGAACUAUCUGCAUUAUCGUGUUAAUACACCACAUUUGCUGGGGACUGUGGGAGUUUGUUAAACAACAUACAUAGAUACAUAUGUAUACAUAUAUACGAAAGAGCACGAGUAUCUUAUCGGUCCGCCUACUGCCCGCUUCGCUGCCCGACACGGUGCUGAUUCACGAUGCGUAUCUUUUGUUGUUAUUCCGUUGCGUCUGAGUUUGAGAGUUGAGAUACUUUCGCAAAAACAACUCAAAUUCUAAUAGCAAAAUUUAAAAACAUAAAAAAUCUGCGCAAAUCCCUUCGCCCUUGGGAAUUAACGUUGUCCUUUCGCAAGAACGUACCUACGUCGUCAUUCUCGAAAAGUUCACCUUUUACGAUAUGAAUUAGAGAGAAGGAAAAGUAAUUAAGAUAGUUUUGUGCUAAAAUAAAUAAAUCCGAUUUUAUGCUAUUGUGUUGUGUAAAGUGAUUUGUUUGAUACUAAAAAAAAUAUUUUUAUAUGCAUUGCAUGUGUGAACAUACAUACAUACAUAAUACACUGUUUAUUUGGAAUAUUUGAAAACUUUAAACUGCAGCUUAAUUUGACAAAAUACAACAGUUUCGCCGAAUGUUUUUUACUAAACUAAAGGUUUAACUAUGUUGAGGACGAUUAUGCGGUAAAUCUAUUAAAGUUUUUACUUGCAACAAAGGAACCUCAUGUGGAAGGCGCGUCGUCGUCGUCGAGUCCACUGAUUGCCAUAAACAGAAUUGUUGUUAUUAAUCAACCUUUUUAGUCAUUCACUAGUUCGCCGUAAAGCAUAAUUGCUGCCAUAAAUUUAAAUAAGAUAACUUAAAUUAAAUGGAAUAAAGGUCUUUUCUUUAAAACGUGGCAACUUAAGGAUCAGAGCCGGUUCCCAGUGGCUUUGGGGUGGCAUUAAAUUCCGGAGUUAGGCUAAUUGCAACAUUUAUGCGGAAAAGGAAAGCUGUUUUAAACACAAAUAGCAACGAAGCAACAUACAUAUAUACAAAAAAACCGUGGCAGACCAGAGCACCGCGGCAAGGGCGGUCGCAUUUGCCGAGUUUCAUCCAUCUAAGUAAUUCUGCCGAAGAGCGGACAUUUUACAUAACUGAGCUACCUGUUCGAAAAUCAAUCGUACAAUUGUUGAAUCCAUACACUCAAUCACAUAAACAAUAAAACAUACAGCAACAAAAAAUUGCAUAACCGUCCAUCCAGCUAAAGGCUGAAUCUACCUUUGUGCGCGGCACUGCUUAGUUUUCCUCUUGGAAGUCAUCAAGCUUUUAAUAAAUUUUUAUAAACAACUAUAAAGCAAACAAAAAAACAAAUAUAGCAAAAAACCAGGUACGAGAAAAAUAAACACCCGCCCGCUUCAAACAGCAGCACGCUAAAGAGCGACUAGGCAAGACCAAAAACAACAACAACCACAAAAACAAAAACCAAAGGAGAAAAGUAGCAAAUAUUUUUAUAAGAAAACAUUGAAGGACUGCCGCUUACUUGGGCAUUGGAUAUUUUUUAGACGGAGCUGAGUAGAUCAAUUAACACGGCGUAGAGGAGACUCUGGUGGUACAAAAUGGGUCGAAAGAAAAUACAGAUAUCACGCAUCACAGAUGAACGUAAUCGACAGGUUACCUUCAACAAACGCAAAUUUGGUGUCAUGAAGAAAGCCUACGAGCUGUCGGUUCUGUGUGAUUGUGAAAUCGCGCUCAUAAUCUUCUCAUCAAGUAAUAAAUUAUAUCAAUAUGCCAGCACCGACAUGGACAAGGUCCUGCUCAAAUACACCGAAUAUAAUGAGCCACACGAGUCACUUACGAAUAAGAAUAUAAUUGAGAAAGAGAAUAAAAAUGGCGUCAUGUCACCGGAUUCACCCGAACAGGAAGCCGAUUUUACACUCACGCCCCGCACCGAAGCCAAAUACAAUAAAAUCGACGAGGACUUUCAGCUAAUGAUUCAACGCACUCAAAUGGCCGGCGCGAGCGCAUCCGGGCGCAAUCUCGGCAAUACGAACUACACGCUGCCGGUGUCGGUGCCGGUGCCGGGCGCCUACGGUGAUGCCAUGCUGCAGGCGAGUCCGCAAAUGUCCCACACAAAUAUCAGCCCACGGCCAUCCAGCUCAGAGACCGACUCAGGUGGGAUGUCGUUAAUAAUUUAUCCAUCGGGUUCCAUGUUGGAGAUGUCAAACGGUUAUCCACAUUCACAUUCGCCGCUUGGUGGAUCGCCCAGUCCAGGGCCGAGUCCAGGUUUAGCACAUCACUUGUCCCACAAACAACACUCACCGGGCGGCCAAAAUGGACGCGCUUCCAAUUUACGCCUCGUCUUACCAACGCCACUUGCUCAAAAUAUGUCAGCUACAGAUGAGAUUACCUAUGGAGAUCAGCGACACAAUCAGGCAUCACUCAACACGCCCGUGGUGACGCUGCAAACGCCCAUACCCACCAUGACGGGCUAUACGUUUGGACCCCAAGACUUCUCGAUGAGCUCCUCGGAUGUCAUGAGCUUACAGCCGUGGACCACUCAUCAGGGACUUGUGCAGCACUCCGGUCUGCCACACUUGGCCAUACCGAACAGCACACCACCGCCUGCCACCUCGCCAGUCUCGAUCAAAGUCAAAUCCGAGCCACAAUCACCGCCACGCGAUCUCUCCGGUUGCCAUCACCACCAACAGAAUAGCAAUGGCUCGGCGGGCAGCGGCGGCAGUGGGGGCGGUGGCGGCGGUGGCGGUGGUGCGGCGUCUUCAAGCGGCGGCGUUUCCACCUCCAACACGCUCUCUCUUGCCCAUAUGAAUGCGACGGCGGUGAUAGCUGGCGGCGGUGGCGGCGGAAGCUCAGCGUCUGAGCAGGCCGCCAACUUGAGCGUUCUAAGUCAUCCGCAACAGCAUCUGGUGAUGCCCGGCUCCAGACCCUCCUCCACAGGACAUCUAACGCCGACGCAAGGAGUGCUAGAUAAGUAUGAAGGAUAUCAGUACCGCUCGCAACUGGGUUCGAAUUCUAGACUAUGGAAUUUCGCCGACUUUAUAAUUUUCAAUACAGGUUCGGUUACACCCACCAAUGUGCCAUCGCCCGAUCUCCGCUUAACGCCCAAUCAGCAGGUGCAACAACAGCAUCAACAACAACAACAACAACAAGCGCAACAACAGCAACUAAACGACUAUGACGGACCGAAUCAGGCGCACAAGCGACCACGCAUCUCUGGCGGCUGGCCAACAUAGCCGGCGCGAGAGAUUGGAUGCCAUAGUAGCAAAA